UAGUUUCAGACUAUAGAAUCAUUUCAAUGAGAUGAUAUAUUUAUUUAUAAUAGUUAAUUACUUUAAAUAUACAAGGGUUAUUUAUAAAGACUUUUGUUUUAAUAUAAAAGUCGUUGAUAAUUAAAUCAUAUUAGGGGGUAGUAAAUUUUGCAGUCAUCUCACCUAAGAUAAAUAAAUUGCGCAUAAUAAUAAUAAUAUGGGUUGUACAGCUAGUGUACCAGAACCAGAAGAAGAUCCAUUCCUUCAAGAUAAACGAAUUAAUGAUGCUAUUGAAAAGAGUCUUCAAUUAAAUAGACAAAAUGAAAAAAAUCAAAUGAAAUUAUUAUUACUUGGAGCUGGUGAAAGUGGUAAAUCUACUGUAUUAAAACAAAUGAAAUUAUUACAUAAAGGAGGUUUUACUCAACAAGAAAGAAAUCAAUAUAGUCAAGUUAUUUGGUGUGAUGUAAUUCAAUCAAUGAAGAUUCUUAUAAUUCAAGCUAGAAAAUUAGGUAUUCCCUUACAAUGUGAUGAAUAUAAUAGUCCACUUAUACCUUUUAAACAAAUAAUUUUAAGAGCAAAUGCAUUAGAUCAAAUUGAUACAAGUGCUGCAGGAGGUUCGAAUUUUCUAAAUGAUUAUGUUAUUAAAUAUAGUGAAAAGAAUAAGAAUAAAAGAAAAUUAAAUAGUACUGGGGUUGUAACUAGUUUCUUUGGUGAUGAUGAACCUUCUAAUAAUAAUGAAAUAGAAGAUGAAACAAAUAAUGAAACUAAUAAUAAUAAUUUUUAUGAACCAAAUAAGACAAAUAAUAAUGAUAAUAUUCGUGAACAAAUAGCUGAAGCUAUUACAAAAUUAUGGAAUAAUGAUAAAGGUAUUAGAAUAUGUUAUGAUCGAUCAAAUGAAUUUCAAUUUGAAUCAAGUGCUGAUUAUUAUUUUGAUAAUGUUCAUAAAUUUGCUGAUCCAUUUUAUUCAUGUAAUGAUUUAGAUAUUUUAAAAGGUCGAAUUAAGACAACCGGGAUUACUGAAACUAAUUUUAAUAUAAAAUCAUUUAAAUUUAAAGUUCUUGAUGCUGGAGGUCAAAGAUCAGAAAGAAAGAAAUGGAUUCAUUGUUUUGAAGAUAUAACCGCUGUCUUAUUUGUACUUGCAUUAUCAGAAUAUGAUCAAAUGUUAUUUGAAGAUGAAAGAGUUAAUAGAAUGCAUGAAGCCAUUGUAUUAUUUGAUUCAUUAUGUAAUUCAAGAUAUUUUGCUAAUACCCCCUUCAUAUUAUUUUUAAAUAAAAUUGAUAUAUUUGAAAAAAAGAUAAGAAAAUCACCUUUAAAGGAUUAUUUCCCUGAUUAUAAUGGUAAACCAGGAGAUUUUGAAGAUUCAGUAAAGUUUUUUGAAACAAAUUUUUUAAAAUUAAAUAGAACUAAUCGACCAAUUUAUGUUCAUAGAACUUGUGCAACUGAUUCAAAAUCUAUGAAUUUUGUAUUAUCUGCAGUUACUGAUAUGGUUGUUCUGCAAAAUUUAAAAAAGAGUGGUAUAAUGUAG